AUGGCAACGGAUGUCUUCAGGAAUAUUGCAGGACUCCACAUCGGCAAGCACUUCUCAGACGAUACAAUACUUUCGACGCUGGCAUACAAACCACGGCCUGGAGACCUUUUUCUGGUGAGCUAUCCGAAGGCGGGUUCCACGUGGACUCAGCACAUCAUGUACAACAUCCUCAUGAAUGCCGAAGAUCCUACAAACCCUUUCGACCUUCUCAUGCGAUUCCCCUGCCUGGACUUGCAGGGAGCAGAAGCAGCCGUCUACGCGCCCAAACCUAGCGCUUUUAAAAGCCACCUGCCAUUCAACAAGAUACCGUACUCACCCGAAGCUAAGUACGUGUACAUUGCGAGGAAUCCGUACGACACGUGCGUCUCCUUCUACUAUCACACUAGGGACAUACCUGCGUACCGUUUUCGAGAUGGGACAUUCGACGAGUUCUUCGACCUGUUCAUUGAAGGCCGAGUAGAGUUCGGCGAUUACUUUCAAAAUGUGAUCUCUUGGUACGAACACCGCAGCGACUCAAACGUCCUGUUCUUGACAUACGAAGAGCUCAAGAAGGACACUCGAAGCUGUGUUCUCAAGAUCGCAGCAUUCAUUGGACCGGAAUGGGAGAAGAAGCUAAGGAAAGCCCGGAGCUCUUCGAGCGCAUUCUACAGAAGACCAGUUUGA